AUGGCUCAGGGGAAUGGCAGCUGGCCUACUGAUCAGUAUGGCAAUGGUAUCGGAGGAAUGGGCACGUCCGACGGGAUCGGGUUGAACAACUUCAAUUCCCAGCAAUAUCACGGCCAGCCCGAUCCGUCUUUCGAGGAUCCCCAGCAGUCAUACCUAGGCCAGAGCAAUUAUCAAUAUGAGCUCCUCCAUGGCAACAACCACUUGGGACUUCAAGGACAAGGGUAUAAUUAUUACCAGGGCCCCCAUUUCUCGAAUACAGAGACCAACGGAAGUAGCAUUCAUGGUCCCGGGUCGCUUACGGUUCAGCAAUACGCAGAACCCCAGUUCGGUGGAUAUAGCUCGCAGCAGAGACACUUCCAACCUCAGUAUGCCUCUGAACAGCCUAAGGAAGGCCAAGUUCAUCCCCCCCCGACUCCAUAUGGGCAGUCAUGGCAACAGCCACUGCCACAGCCUCCAACACAAUUCAACCAAGCGGCCGUCGCUUACGAGCAUCACACUCCACAAGCCGUGUAUCCCCACGGCCCUACGUUGCCGCCGUAUUCCGGCGUUCAAGAACCCCAGGUCGUACAGAGGACGGCGCCCUACAGUGCCGGUCAGGGUGCUCCCGCAGGUAUCUUCCGUAACACGCUGCCCAGUUUAGAUGGACAGGGAGACUUCACCCCUGACCCCCCUCAGUAUCGCGUACAACAACAGAGCGUAGACAGGGCGUACGGUGAGGGCAAUGGGGCCCCUACUCCUUUCGGAGAUGGGAAUUCUUCUGCACAGCAAGCCUUCGCCGCGGUGCAGCAGCGCGUCCCUACGCUGCAGCCGCAGGGCCAGACACGUGGACGGAUGCCAGUGACGUCACAAAUUCAGCCUGCGGGUCCGGCAAAUGGGGGAAUCACUUUAGGGCAAUAUCAGACGCCGCCGACCGGUAACCCAGCAACGGUACCUGUGGCCGAGUCUCCUGUCGCUCAGGACAGCCCUCAUACUGUCCAAAAUGCGAACCCGGAGACGGUUGUGCUAGAACCUGAGGUGACCAUAGCUGGUUCUGAUGUGUGGCAGCGAGUCGAGGGGUGCCGAAACCUUUUCGUGAAAAACGCACCGAAGACCAGAAUCGGACAGUUCGCGGAAUUGCGCCCCAAGGAUCCAGAUGCUAAGGCUUCGGAAAAAAUAUUUGUCAUUAAGCACAACGCAGCUCGAACACCCGUCGUCCCAGAUCGUGGUUUCCGACUCCCCGGCGAAAUACAGAGGGACCGCGACGAAUUGUCCAGUCGGCUUCAAUACUCAAUCUCCGACUCCGAACGAGAGAGUAUCAAUCAGGAUAUAGCGCGACUUGAUAACGAGAAAAUCCUCAUCGCUGAUGAGUCUAAGCCUGUCUCGCAAGACGCCAAGUCAAAAACUGUCCUAAAACGCAAAUCCCCCAUGGACGCCAAUGCUAAGAAAACCAGUUCGUCAGGAGACAGCAGUGAUGAAGAUGAGAGCGUCACAGACAUCACGGCUCGCAAGCUUGUAUCAGCCAAGACGCGACCAGUGGAUGCCUUGAAGGCUGUCGAGUACGACGUUGUUAAGAUUCUCUGGCGCGAUCCGAAGCUCCCUGAACUGCCACAGGAUGUCGUCCUUAAGAAUAUCCAAGCAUUCAGCGAUUACAUUCUAGCCCUGUGGGCCACAAUCAAAGAUUUUAAGAGGCAACUCGAGAGCCCAAACGACGUCGGCAACAAGACCACACCAGAGUCGCUUCAAGCUGCCCUCGAUGCCAAGUACGACGCAAUUCGAGUUGCCAUCGAGACAUCUGUAAAGUAUGGCGACAAUUUCACCAUUACGCAACUUGGCAUACAACUGAAGAUGCUUGGGGCCCUCUGCAUCCUGUUACGCCACCGCUUUCUAUCAGAAGACUACAACGGCCCUCUACCUAAGGCUAUUCUGAAACUCCUGUCCAUGUUCAUUACUGUGGACACUGAAUUCCUCACAGACCGAGUCAAGUUUGACAAGCUGCGACAGAAGUAUAAGGGCAGUUUGGACGAAGAAGGGAGAGGGUAUCUCGAUCUCAUUUUCAUGAAUGCCAAAGAGCGCUCGGACUUGAAAGCACGUGAAGAACCCAAGAAGGUUGAGGAUUCGAAGAAAGUCGAAGAUACCAAGAAGGGCGACGACACCAAGAAAGUUAGCUCCAAUAUUUCCAGGAAAGCAUCGGCAGGCGUCAAAGAGGGCCUAUUGACCGCAAAGGCAUCCCCCACGAAGAAGGAGGUGGGCCAGAAGAAGCCUACAACAGAAGUUAAGAAAAUGCAACCGAUCGACUAUUCUGGCCUAGGGUCAGCAAGAAAGAUCAGCAGCCUGCCGACCAAGGCGGUUUCUUCUGCUUCCUCUAAGAGAUCUCGAGACGAUGAUGUUGAUUCGCGGGCUCCUAAGAAAGUCGCGGUAGAAAGCACAGCCAGCGGCCUUCCGACUUCAACUGUUAAGCCGCCAGCCUCCAUGGCUCAGACGUCUCAGCCUCCGUCGAUGGCAAGCGUAUUAACUCGUUCGAGGCCCAUGGGAUCGAUGCUGCCGGGCAGGUCUCGAGUUCCAGCCAAAGCACCACCAAAGAAGCUGGCACCCCCGCCGCCUACCGCUUCCGCUAUCGGCGAUCUCCUUGCCCAAAUCUCCAAGCCCAAGGAAACGCCUAAACAGCCCGAGGAGCCAGAGAGGGCCCCUGAAACGCCUGAGGAGAGAGCUCGUAGGCUGCGCAAAGAGUCGCGUAGGCACCUUCGCGUCUCGUGGAAACCGGACCAUGAACUUGUCGAUAUCAGAACAUUCGAGCAUGACACGGCCGAAGACAAGGGCCGAGAUCAGAAUAUGCUGCGGGAUGCCCGCGAUAACCGCUCCGAAGGACAGAUGCUGAAGCAACGCGUCCAAGAUAAUGACGAUGAAGAUGAGGAGGAGAAGGCGAAGGAAGUUUCCAUAUCGGAUUGGCAUGAGCCUACGGCAGUCCGUUUCGGGGACGCCUUUCCUCCGGAACGGCGGGCUAAGAUUUUUACUCCUCACGGUGGAGACCUGCCCGUCAACUCGGAACAGAAGAAGACGAUGGAUGAAUACGAAAAUCGCGUGUUGAUGGCUAUUUAUACUAGUGUGGCAGAUAUCCCAGAAUCUCCUCAGUCACCUAACCGGAACGGCGAGGUGACCCAGCACAGAGCCACAUCCGUUCCGCCAUCGGAUGCCGCUCAGUGGCAGAAGUGUCUGCCGCCAACCACCACGAAGAGACAAGAUAUUCUUCGUCGGUGGUUGAACCCACAUUCCGCCCCCGUUGCGGCACCAUCUCCUCGCCUCGGCGGCUCCACGAUUAAUCCUCCAUUCCAAGAUAGUCUCCCCCAAUCGCUGCAAGCGACACUCGGUUCGCUUACGAGUACUCUGACACCCUUGCAGUCUCUCCCUCAAAUAGGCUCAGUCUCUCGCCCGCAAACCCAGGACGAGCGUGACGCGGAGGUCUUAUCCCUGCUAACAUCCGACAAAGUCAAGAACUGGACGAACCCGGAACCUUACAACCCCGCUCAACCAAAGACACGACGACGAUACGACUACGCGGAUCCCAAAGUGCAGAAGGACGUCGACGCAGUCGAGGAUCUGUGUGCCAAAUUCCAGGGCAAACCAUACCCGGCUACAGAGCCACCCGACCAUAUCAAAUCCGACCCGGCACGCGUACAGGAAUGGUACGACGGUUACAACAAGGAUGUGGCCGCAAAGGCAAAGAAAGAGGAGGGAGAACGCGCCAUCCAAUUGGCGCGGAAUGCGUGGAGCGCUGGCCAGGGCACCCAACCCUCUCAAUUUGUUCUCCAGACAAACCCGUAUAUCCCAUAUCAGCAGUAUGCCCAGCCGCCGCAGUAUCAGCAACCAUCGCAGCAGGCUGCUCCUGACUACGCAGCUAUAAUAGCCCAGGUCCGUGCCAUUCAAGCUGGACAAUCGCUCAGCCAGCCGGCAGGUCAAACAGCUAGCCACGCUACCGGUCAGCCUUCUGUCCAACUCGGCAGUCAGUUUGCAAGUCAGCCUGUAAACCAGCCUGUGAACCAGCCCAUCCAAGGCGCUACCGCAGCAUCGACGACUGAUCUGAGUGCCGUUCAUAACAUCCUGGCCAUAUUGCGGCAGUCGAAGCAAGCAACUCCAGCCCCGCAGACGGCCACGGCCACGGCCGCGGCCACGUCUCCUGCGCAAACAGCUUCUGAUUACGGACAGUGGCAAGCAUGGGCACAAGCCCAAGGUCAGGCUUACGGCGCCCAGACGCAAACAUAUGGUACUGCUCAGCCCUACACAGGGGCUCAGCCUCAAGCUUCUACUCAGGGUUACGGUGGUCAGGGCUACCAGGAUCCAUUCUAUAAUCCGCAACCAAGUUCCUCGGAGCCGCAAAGCGCGCAGAAUCAGAAUCAGCGCGAUGCCAACCGAAACGGCCGCAAAGACUUCCGGGCCAACAAGGACAAGGGUAUUAACCAAGCCCUCAUCGGUACGAAGCCCUGCACGUUCUGGGCAAAGGGUCAGUGCGCCAAGGGCGACAAGUGCACGUUCCGACACGAUCCCAACGAUCUCAAGUAA